AUGAAACUUUCGGUUUUUAUUCCUUUUGCUGCUCAGGCUGCGCUCUGGAGAAACAACCCAGCCGAAUGGACUACUGUGAAUGACAAUGUCAUGGGAGGCAAAUCCGAGGGCUACGUCAUGCCAUACAAUGAUGCCCUCUAUUUCUGGGGAAAGCUCAGCCCUGAAAACCGCGGUGGGUUUGCUUCCUGCCGAAGAUCUGUUGGUCUUCCGGACUCGACCCACGAAUCCUACGAGGGGAAAAAUGGACUUCGAUUUAUUGCCAAAGGCGAGCCAGGCUCAAACGGCCCAAGAACGUUCCGAGUAAACGUCGCUGUCAAAAGCAGCUGGAACUGGCUUUUGACAAAGACAUUCAUGGUCGAAUUCAAUCCAACUCGAGAAUGGCAAUCUUUCAAUUUCAAUUUUGACGAGUUUACCUACACCUGGAUGGCACAACCAAGCAACAAGUAUCAGUUGACGGACUUUCUUGAUGGCAUCAAUGAGGAAGGCUUCUUCAUUUACGACAAGAAUUUCGAUGAUAAGUUCAUCUUGACUGUCAAAGACUUCGAACUUUUCUGA